AGCUUUUACAGCUUUUCAAUGAGUUUAAGGACGCAAUUAGAUUAGGUCGAUGCAUAAAGUCAUCACCUAUAAGCCUAUUAACAAGGCUCUCUGAUCCAAAGAAUAUUGAUUACAUUUUGAAUAUAAUGCAAAGUUUACAACGAUUUAUCGAUUGUGCAAAUUCGUAUGAGAAGGACGCAUCUAUUUCAACGACAUCGUCUUCCAACGAGCUUAUAAACAGAAUUGAAGAAAUGUUCAAGGUCGCUUCUGAAAUGUACGAGUUUAAUAACGAAGAAGCAAUGGAAUGUUUUCACGGAGCUAAUAAUGUAUCGCAUAAUGUGAAUCAAUCGUUGAUCAUGAUAACGUCAACUCCC